AUUUCUUUGACACCAAUUUUAAACUAUGAAUUGAUAUAAACUACAACAUGGAUUGAUGUUGUGUUUUGAUGAUUCCACGGCCUUUAAAAUACUUCUAACUGUAGCGAUUUUUGGCUCCUUAAUGAAUAUAAUUUUAAGUUUUAUUAAUUGAAAAUGAGAGUUUCUAGCUGGCAGAGUGUUAUUAUAUCAUGGGUAAAUGCUUUGAAAAUUUUGGAUGAGCCUAUUAAUGAUAUAAUUGAUUUGGUGAAAUGUAGUUUCUUUGUUAAACUGUUGAAUAAAAUAAAAAAUGAAAAUACUGAAGAGAAUUUAUCUGAAUGUGAUGUGUAUAAUGUAAUAGAAAACUUUUUGAAAGAACAGUAUGGUGGUUUUCGCCUUUUGGGAUAUUGGGAUAGUGAUGAGGUGACUCUAGUUUCUUCAGUUUUGCUUCUGUGGGCAUCUUUACAAUCUCAAGAUUUCAGGACUCCUUUGUAUGAUCUCAAUAAUAUUGUUCAACUUAAAAUACAUGCUUUUCUUGAACAGUUUAUUGAGACACCCCAACAUCAUAUUAAUAGGCAAAUCGUCAUGGAGGCUGUUUUGGACAUUCCAUCUGAUGAUGAAUCAGAAGAUGACUCUUCAAGUUACAUAUCUUCUCCUAGAACAUAUUCAACUCCUAAAAGAAAUCCUCAAUAUUCUCCAGGAUUUUUAGCUUUGUCAGAAGUAAGAACUCUAAGGGGCAAAGUAGAAUUGUUAUGUUGUGAAAAACAGCACCUGCAAGAUGAAUUGGAUUCAGUUAAAUCUCAAUUAAAAGAAACUAUUGAUAAAUUGGAUUAUCAGAAAAGGGAAUGUAAUCGAUUAAAUUACUUGUUAUCAAGAAAAGAUGAGGAUAAAGAUCUUUGCCAAGAGAAGAGUAGUGAUGAUCAUUUGAGAAAAAUCCACGAUGAAUCUGUUUCUUUGAGAUUAGAACUAGACGAUUUAAAGCAAGUUCAUGAUAGGUUGUUGCUUCAAUUGGAAUCAACAAUGGAUGAUAAUAAUAAUUUAUCUAAGAAGCUGAAAAAUGAAGAACAAAGGAGAAUAAAUGCUGAAAAUAGAAUUAGUCACAUCGAAUCAAAACUUAUCUCCUCAAAUGAAAAAGUUGUGGAAUUGGAAGAAAUUAUAGUAUCACUAAAAAAAACCUGUGAGGAACAAAGGAACAUUUUACUAGAAAAAAGAAAUAUGUCAUUAGAAGAAAGUUUUCAAUAUAGUGAAGGAGAGACUCUAAACAGCAUUAUCGACAUUAAAUGUUCUGAACUUCAAGAAGAAUUAAAGCUUCAGAGUGAAGUGCUGGAAGUGAAAUCAAAUGAAAUUGAAAAACUUUUGAAUGAGAAAACUAAUUAUGAAAAUUUGAUUGAAAAAUUGACUGAUGAAGUAAAAAUAUUAAAAUCAUCUGUUUCAAUUGAAAAGAUUGCUAAUUGUAAUGAGUGCCAGAAUAUGAGGUAUGAACUUGCAACUUUGAAAAAAGAUUUCAGUGGCAAAUGUCUUGAAUUAAUUAAACUACAAGAAGAUUUUGACAAACAAACAUUGCAAAAUAAAAUAAUUAAUAACAACAAAGCAGUUGAUGAAAUUCGUAUCACAGAAUUGAAUACUAAUAUGAAUAGGUUAAUAGCUGAGCAUAAAAUUAAAUUUAAUGAAUUGAGAGAAGAAAUGGUUGCUUUAAAAUGUGAACUUUGUGAAAAGAACAAUGCUAUUGAUUAUUAUAACGAUGAAAUAGACUUCUUAAGUAGAUGUAUCAAAGAUAGGGCUUUAGAAAUAAAAACUUUACAAGAUGAUUAUAAUAUAAUCAAUUCUUCUAAAGAUAAAGAAAUAGGUCAGCUCACUGUAACGAUUGAACAUCUCAAUAGAGAAUUAAGGAGGCUUGAAGAACAACUCCAAGGGCAAUACUUUAAAAAUGAGAAGCUAGUUCAAUCAGCAUUUCAAUGGAGGCAAAAAAUAACUCAAGGAAAUACGGCUAAUGAAGAACUAGCCAGAGAGCUUAUUUCUCUCCAUGAAACAUUGGAAUGGAAAAAUUUCAAAUUGAAAGAAUAUACGAUGCAGAUUGAGCAGUUCAAAAGCGAAUUGAUUGAUAAAAGUUCAAUGAUCAAAGAACUUCACGAACGGUUAUCGUUCUUUUCUGAUAGGAACAAAGAAUAUCAGAAGGAUCUACAAAUAAGUAAGAACACAAUUACUCAGUUACAAUCCAAAAUUGUAGAACUUGAGUUCAAUGAAAAAAAAUUGAAUCUUGAGAGUUGUAAAACUACCCGUAAAAUUAGCCUUCUCGAUUCUGAAGUAAAAGAGAUAAAAAAGAUGUUUCGUGAAAAAUUUAUUCUUAUUGAAUCAGAAUUGGAAAGCAAUCUUCUAAAAGAAAAUUCUGGUGUACAAGACCUUCUACAGUUUAUCGAUUUUUUAACAGACACCAUGAAAGAAAAUAAAAAGAAGAUAAGAGUUCUGUCUCAAACUGUAACCCAAUUUGAAAAUUAUAACAUUGAAGAAACAUAUGAUUUUGAUAAUAGAAUCAAAUCAACUGAUAUUUUGAAAAAAGAAAAAGAGUUGUUGGAAAAUAAGUUAUUAGAACUAAAAUCUGAGAUGGAAAACAAUCAGUCCAGAUUACAUUUAUGUUCGACAAAAUUGGAACAGACUGAAAAAGAAAAUAGUGUAAAAGAUGCAAUGAUUUCAGAACUUAAAACAGAAAUAGAAAAAUUAAUUAAGGAGCGUACAGAAAAACUUGAUCUAAUUGACCGUCUCAAACAAAAUGUUAAGUUGUAUGAGCAUGAAAAAAAUAUUCUGGAAAAGAAAUUAAAGAGUUUCUCUCUUCAGACAGGAGAAGCCGAAAGCAUCAAAGCGGAAAAUGAGGUUUUAAAAAAUGAUGUUGUUAUUCUGGAGAAACAACUGGAGGAAGAAAGAGAAAAUCUUUUAACUGUGGAAAAAGAAAUGAAUUUUGAGGAAAAAUUAAACUGUGCUUUUGAAGAAAAACUGGUAGUUCUGCAAGCAAAAUUGACACAGCAGUAUGAAGAUGAAAUCAAGAAUGUGAUAGAAGAUUACACAAGGAAAAUAGAACAACUUAAGUUAAAGAUAAAAAAGGAUUGCGUGCACAUUGAACAAUUGAGCAGCGACUUGUGGGAAACAAGUGAUAGACUAGUUCUUGCUCAGCAAGAGUCAGAAGCUCUUCGUUCUCAACUUAGAAUAACUAGACAAAUGCUUUCUGAUCACCAAACACAUCAAACACAAAAGAAAGGGGUAGAAGACUCUCAUUCUUUUAUGUGGCUUGGUGGGCUUGAUGGUGCUGGUUUCAUAGAUGAAAUGGUUACUACUGUAACUACCAAAAGAACUAUACAGACAGCAAGAGUCGACGACGAUGAUGAUAAUGAAGAUUUUAACCAGCAGUGCCUUGAAGAUCUAAAAGCUGGAAUAUGCAGAAUACCAACAGAAAGACUAUCAUGUCCUACAGCAGGGUCAAGCCUAACUGAAGUUCCUGAAAACACAUUCCUGCCUCCUCCUGAGAAACCUAGAAAGCUGAAAGGAACUGUAUGAUAUUUAUAGUUAUUUUCUUUUCUAUUCAUUAUUUUCUUUAGGUAGUGUAUUCCAAGAUAAGUUACAAAUAAAUGUGUCAGUUUAUAGAGAUAUGCCGCUCUGGUAUCUGCACUAUAGCAGUAGAGCGAUCGUAUUAGACCCCCUGAAAGUCGCUUUUAUCAUUAACCUUAGUAAAUUUAAACAGUUUUCCCAAAGAAAAUUAUGUCUACUUUACAAUGGUAUACUUAAAAUUUAAUUAUCUUGGACAGUUCUUGAGUAAUUCCUUCUUGUUCAAUAAAAACUAUGACCUCCAUUUAAAAAAACACAAAUUUGUUCUUAACACUCCUUUUCUGUAAGGAAUCUCGGUCCAUCCAUCAAAUGAACUUUGUUGCUGGAAAUUUAUUCUAGAAUCACCCUUGAGAGUUCGGCCAUCAAGACUCCCUGAAUACACAUAUUCUAAGUGGUAGUGGCGUUUUUCUACUAUGAACACACGAGUGCAUUUUAUUUCAUUUUUUAACUUUAGUGAUUUCACAGUUAUGAAUAGUUGCUUAACACUUUCACAACAGACAGAACACCUGUCUUUCUGCCUUGGCUGUUGCCACUUAAAGAGGUUUUGGCAAGCCCUGUUUAAACCAUCCAACUUGUGGCUUGGUCAGUGCAUUCAUUAGUCCCCUGUUGCUCACUCAGUUCAGUUGUUCCAUUUACUCCAGUCUGCUUUAAGCAGGGCUUUUCCCUACCUCUUUAAGUAGCGACAGCCAAGACAGGAACAUAGAUGUCCCAGCCACACUAGGGACCUGACAACUGGCCAGAAUGGCAGGUGUUCUGUUCAUAGUCAAAGUGUUGAGAAGGAACUAUUCAUAACUGUGAAAUCACUAAAGUAAAAAAAAAAAAAAUUCAUUGGUGUGUUUAGAGUAGAAAAGAGUCAGAGUUUUUAUAAUGGUUUAUUGAAAAAACAUAUAAUAUAUUAUCAUUAACAUGUUACAGAUAACCUACAGAAAACCUGGUCCACCAACUCCAAGUAUAAAUGCAGCUAGACACUCUCUUCCCGUGAGUCUCAGACUUUUUUCUUUUCUUGUAGAGACCAUCUAUUGGAUAUGUUUCUUACCUCUUCUGUUCAUGUACGUUUUCUGGUACCUUUGUCAGGGAAAUGAAAAGUUGGAGCUUAAGAGAGGACUUCGAGAGCACAAUUCUAACACCGGGCAGGUUAGGAAUCGGUUAAGCCAGCUGUUUGGAUCCAUCAGCAUCUCAAAGGUUAAAAAUGUACAGGAAUCACCGAAAGUAAAACGAAGAAGUUUCUUCCAAAGAACUUUUGGAAACAGAGAAAACAUUCCACCAAAGUAAUGGCUAUCUUGUGAUAUUUUAUUUGUAAUAUAACUUAUUACUAAUGUUAUAACUAACUUUUUAUACAUUUUAUUAAUUAAUUGUUUUAAUAAAUUAUUUAUUUAUUCAA